AUGUCGACCUUCACAUCCCUCACUGCCUUAAAGCCAUUCAAAACUCAAUGGAGGAUCCGUGUCAAGAUACUGAAGUUGUGGAAACUGUAUUUGAAUGGGAUCGAGACGAUGGAGAUGGUCGUUGUCGAUGAACUGAAUCAAACUAUGCAUGUUAGUAUGAAGAAGCAGUUCAUAAAAAAAUUUGAAAAUCUUCUAGAGGAAGGAACUACUAAGAUCAUCACUAAUUUUCAAGUCACUCACAACGGUGGUAAGUUCAGGACUACUUCUCAUGUUUACAAGAUCCAGUUUGCUGCCACGACGUCUGUCAGACCUUCUGAAGAUCUGGAUGCCACAAUUCUUGGGUUGAAGUUGGUGAACUUCGCUGAUAUUCACGAGGGCAAGUUGAAUCCUGAUUUUCUAAUAGAUAUAGUUGGACAAAUUGUUAGUAUUGGUGAGGCUGAGAUUCUCAACGUUAACAAAAAACAGACCAAACGUCUAACAAUGACACUUCGUGACACCAGUUCUUCCAUUUUGAUGACAGAUCCUGAUCUCCCUGAAAUAAAUCCUUUUAGAAACCGCUUACCAAAAGAUGAUGUGACUUUUUCAUACACACACCCUAACCAAUUGACCAUUGUCAAUUCUGUUUCUAUAAGAGAUGACUUCUUUUUACAUACCCCUCGCCGGACAAUAAGUGAAAUAUUUGGGGCAUCUGAGCUUGCCAUGGAAGUUGUAAAUCAAACAGCUGUACAAUUGACUGAAUCUGUGGAAGAGACUACCCCUGAUGUCAAGUCUGAGAAAAUGGGGUUUAUAACUCCCGAUGAACAGGUACAUUAG